AUGAAGAACGUUUCGCAACAAUUUGCAGAAAUUUGUCCUCUUGGUGGGACUACUUUUGUUAUUGUGGUUCAUUUUCCUUCCACGGAGUAUGUCAGGAACGGAAUUAUUUUCUGCAUUGCGAACUCAUUUGUAAUAAUUCCUACUGUAGUGUUGAACGGCAUUUCAAUUCCUACAAUCUCAAGAAGUUCGCAAUUAAAGGCGAAACUUUGCUACUUUGUCAUUCUACUCCAGUCUGCAGUUGAUAUGGCCGUCGGAUCUAUAUCCUUACCGCUGUACACCUCGAUUGGGGCAAGUGAGGUUUUGGGCACAGCAGAUUGCGUCAAUACUUUUGUUUCUCAGACGAUUGCAUACCUUGUUUCGGCCUUGUCGAUGGCGACGCUGUAUCUGUUAACAUUCGAAAGGUACAUGAGUAUCUUACAUCCAGUCACGCAUCGUUCUCGUUUGACUAAACACAGAAUUCUGAUUGCCUUUUGUUGUGCAUGCACCUUGGUAGUCCUUGGCCCGGUCCUACAAACAACCGCCGAGGAGGUUUACGGCAUAACCGUUAUCGCUGUUGUGUUGUCAAUUUUGCUCUUUACAACUUUUGCAUACACAAAAAUAUUCCUCGCGGUGAAAAACAUGCAUUUCUCAGGCCGGGAUGGAAUCGGCGAUUGCUCCAUAGAACAAACCCCGUCAGAUUUAAACAAAAAAAGGGCGUUAAGAGAGAAGAAACUUGCCAAAUCCUGCUUGCUUGUGGUCGUUAUCAGUUAUCUCUCUUAUGUUCCUUCACUUGCUUGUUACUCGUACUACAAAGACGAUCCUGUGGCACUCAAGGCAUCCCUUAAUUGGAGCAUGACAGUGGCGGCGCUAAAUGCAAGUGCAAAUUCCAUUAUCUUCUUCUGGAAAAGACCACUGCUUAGAGGGGAAGCGUUGAAUGUCUUAAAAAAUCUUCUUCACAAAUGA